GCAGCAGGGGCAGGUGGUCUGGUCACAUGAUGUUGUUAGCCGAGGCUGAGGAGCAGCAACAUCUGAGCUGAAUCAAAGCCCACAUCACUCCCUACAUUGAAAAGCACACUUGUUACCAACCAUCAGGCAGAAUGUCGUAUGGGUCCAUUGAUGGAGGCUCCUUUGGCAGUCGCAACCCUUUUGGAGGUCCGACGAGGCAGGGCUACCAGCCAGUAGCCACACAGGUCAGCCCCUCAGAACUGCAAGAUGUGUUUCAGGAAACCUCCUCCAAUAUCUUCCAGAUCAACGCCAACGUUGUUGCACUAGAAAAGAAUCUACAGUCCCUGGGAACAUCUAGAGAUAGAGAGGACCUACGACAGAAUCUACACUCCAUGCAGCAGCAAACCAACAAAGUCAUCACCAGCACAAGCCAACUCAUCAAACAGCUCUCUGAUAUAAUCAGUGGCUCUUCACGGCAAGAUCGUCUGCACCUGACUAGACUAAAGACCGAACUCUCAGAGUCUGUGCAGCGCUAUGGGGAUCUGCAGAAGAAAAUUGCUGAGCGUUCAAGGGCCUUACUCUCUCCGGCAAAGACCGACACGAAGAAGAGUCCUCAGACCCCGUUUGCUGAGCAGAUGGAGGAGGGUCCGCUGUUCGGAGAAGUAGUAGGCUCAGAGAAUGUGGCUCAGGCUUUCCUGUCUGAGAUCAGCGAGGAGGAUGUGGAGGUGCUUCACCACAGAGAGGAGGCUCUACUGCAGAUUGAAAGAGACAUGCUGGACGUCAGUCAAAUCAUGAAGGAUCUGGCCAGUAUGGUCCAUGAACAAGGCGACGCCAUAGAGGCAGCUGAGGAAGAGGAAGUGCUACCUCCUGCUUGUCGGAGCCAUCGUCCUCACCCUCCUCAUCAUUAUAAUUGCUGUUUCAGCAAGAAAAUGAGAUUGACCACUGAGUACAGUUUACGGCGAAGUCAAAAGUGAGGGGGACCUCGUCCAGGUUGGUGCAGUAGGUGCGGAAGAUGGCCAGCGUUUCUUCGUAAUCCUUUGGCAGUUGCUGCAAGAUGGUAGUUUUUUUGCAGAUGGAGAAGGACCUUCUCGAAAGUCGUCGAUCUUCAUGUCACGUGUUAUCGCUGUUGCCUUGAGUCGAAUGGAGAAUGUAGAGACGCUUCUACCUGCUGUUCUCUGUUCAAUUACCCACUGUUCAAUUUUGUCCUCUAACUGUGGCCAUCUCACUUUGUUCCUUCUUCACUUCCGUACCAUUGCUUGAUUAAUGUUAAAUUCUUUGGCGGCUGCUCUAUUCCCAUGUUCUACUGCAUGACUGAUAGCCUUGAGUUUAAAAUCUGCUUCGUAAGCAUGCCUCUUAACAGGUGCCAUUUUUGGGGUUCGUAGACACAAAAAUGUACCAAAAUAUUAUGUUGACGCACAGCACGUACUAUCACAAAAAGUAGCCGGGGUAAACGUACUAUUCUCUGGUUGGUUUAUCGUUGUCAGCGUAAUGCUCCGUCAAGCGGAGCGACUUCGUCGCUCACCAAAGUCGUACUAAAACAUUUUGACCGAUUUUUGAGCAGUGUACCACAUAAAAUUGAUUCGCGGUCAACAAGAAUUCAUAUAUAAAGGCGCACUGGAUUAUAGGGCGCAUUGCCGAUUUGAGAAAAUUCAAGAAUUUUAAGUGCGCUAUAUGGUCCUAAAAAUACGGUAAUCAAAGCCAAACUUUUCAGUUUAAAUCUUGAAAUGCAUCAUUCCAAAAGAGUAAACAAUCCAUUUAUUUUUGACAAGUCGGGAACUUAAAAAAAAAUCCUCUCCACGUCCGUCUCAUCACACAUCUGAUCCCAAUGCGCCUGAGGAAGUGGGUGGAGCCUUCUGGCUUGAAGGCAUAUUCCUUUGACUAUACAUUAGGGAUGAGUACCACCCACAGUGGACCCCCUACAGUUCGCCUACCGCAAGAAUAGAAGUACGGAGGAUGCCACCCCACAGCACUCCACCCUUUCUUAUCUGGACAAUAACAACGCAUAUGUGAGAAUGCUGUUCAUAACAUUGUCAAGUUUGCAGACGACAUAACGGUGAUUGGCCUCAUCAGCAACAACGAGUCGCCGUAAUGGAAAGCAGUCCAGCAUCUGGCCCAAUGGUGCAUCAACAACAACCUGGCACUCAACACCAACAAGACCAAUGAACUCAUUGUGGACUUCAGUAAAUUAGGAAUAAGGACAGUUAUUGCCAAAAUAUGUUGGACAUACAUGAAAUUUGACAUGGCAGUUGUUGCAUAACAUUGGACAGUAAGACAAUGGACAACAAGACAAAUAAAGUGGCAGGAAGGUAAAUUUUCAAGAUUACAAAAGCAAAGGUGGCACACACACCCCCAUCUCCAUCAACGGGACGGAGGUUGAGCUGUCGCAAGCUUUAAGUUCCUGGGUGUCCACAUCUCCGAGGACCUUUUCUUGGACCCUCAUGACCUCAACCCUACAUGGUGAUGGACAACUCCCACCCCAGCCAUAGACUGUUUGGCCUUGUCCCCUCUGGGAGGCGUUACAGGCCCUCCGUUCCCGGACCAGCAGGUUCAGGAACUGCUUCUUCAUUGCCGCUGUCACCCUGGUGAACACUGCACCACGGUUAUAGGCCCCAGACCCUCCGCACCUCUCCAAUGACCUUACUCCCUUCCUCCACGCUGGAUGGCCACGCAAGUCCUUCUAGCCACUGAACAUUUUGCACUUCAACUAUCCCAUAUUUGCACUACCAUGCCAUUUGUAUUGACAACCUUGCUGCUUCAUGUAAAUACUGCGCCACGUAUAUUUCAUACUGUACAUAUUCUCAUUUAUAUGCCACACAUAUAUAUGUAUAUAUUUACUCGGCACUUUAUCUGCUUUAUUGCACUUCUGGGUAGAUUCUAAACUGUAUUUGUCUCACUACCGGUACUGCGAUGAAUAUAAAGUUUAAUAUAAUCUAACGAGUACAUUAAUGCUUCAAUAUUACCACAGUUAUAACUAGGCGGUAUUCAAGUUCAAUCGGUAUACCAGUUUCAAGUAUCCGUAUUUUUUACACACCAACAUACGGUGCAUAGCUGUGGUGACUUGUGGCUUAUCUGCAGGCAGAGCCUCAAUGAUGAGGACGCAGCGCAGCUAGUUGUCUUGAGAUGGAGUCAUGGUUAUAACAAUUAAUAACCCACAACUAACGCUCUUUGAGUGUAAAACAAGACAACACAAGUUUGUGACACAAACAAUUUUAACACCAAUAAUUUAUAAUAAUUACCCCGCCAAACUGCAUGUGGGUACACCUCGCCCACUAUCACAACAAGAAGAAACUCCAUCGCUACAUAAAAACACGAAAAAUGAGCCAACACAAAAUGUGUGAGAGGAGCUGUGUAAUGUUUGGAGGGUGUAAGGUAUCUUUGAGGGAGGGUUUGAAAAAUCUGACGCAAGUUAGAUCAGAAAACGACAUAUUGCAAAGUUUGUCCAACCGCUGGUAUUACCUCUGGUUGACACACUAGCAGCCACAUCAGCUAACAAGCUAAAAAAUUAGCAAGUUAACCCGCCAACAAGGUAACUCGACCGGCCAACUCGCUGGCCAUAACAACAUGCGGUGGACAGCUGUUCUUUUCAGAUUCAAUGAAUGAAUGUGUUUACUUCGUGAUAAUCAUUCAAAAUACCGCAAUAUGAAUUUUUAGCAAUACCACCCAGCCGUAGAAUAACUAUUAAUGUAUAGUAGUAUAAUUAUAUAUGUCUUUGGAAUAAAGUUGGAUUUGGGC